CGGAAUAUUACGAAAUAUGACGUAUUUUGGACUUCCUCGAAUUUUGUGCGAAAUUGUGUAUUAAAUGGAGCUGGGCUAGUCCGAAAAAAACGCUAUUUUUUGUUAUAAAUUUUGCGCAUGUAAACUUUUAGGUCGUCGUAUUGUGUUCUCCAUUAAAGGUUCAUGUUUGUGAAAGCGUGAAUUCGUAAAUAAUGGCCUCUGUUGCUGGAAGAUAUCAAUUUAAAAUCGUACUUUUGGGCGAGGGAUGCGUUGGCAAAACCUCACUUGUGCUUCGUUAUUGUCAAGAUAAAUUUAACGAUAAACAUUUAACAACUUUACAGGUGUGUUGUUUUAAGCUUGCUUAAGCAUGUGAUGUAUUUUAUGUGAGUUUAUUAUUUGUAUUCGCCUGAACUGCUAAAAAUAUGAAUGUGUUUUAAAAUACAUUUGAAACACGUUACAUAAUUAUCUAGCUAGUUGUUUCGUAAUUUUGUACAGUUAAGUGACUUGUGUUGCAAUUUGUGAACUUUUGUAAAACAAAAUUUUAAAAUUAGUAAUAUGUAUAUGCAUGUAAUUGGAAAACAUUUAAAGUUUAUAGUUUCCUUGGGUUAAUCAAAAUAAAAUAUUUAAAUGAGGCCACUGAACAACAAUGCCAUAUAGGGAUUAAUAGGCUGCAAUCCACCCAAUUUGUUAUUCAGAUGCCAGAUGAUUUUACUCUUGAAAGGGAAGCGUUUUGGGAAUAAAUGAGCUUGCCUCUCCCCCAUAAGCAGAAUUUGAGCUGCCGUGGUUUGUGUCUGAACUAGCCGAAAAAGAUAUCUUCUGACACACCACUGGAUCACCGCGCUGCAGUUUAUAUGUUGUUUGUGUCUGAACUAUCUGAAAAAGAUAUCUCAAACGUGGUGGUCCAGUGUAGGUAGUAUCCUACAAUAAGCUGUCAUGGUUUGUGUCUGAAUUAUGUGAAAACGAUAUCUCAAACGUGGUGAUCCAGUGUCAAUAUAAGUAUAAUUUCAACAAUAAGCUAUCAUGGCUUGUGUCUGAACUACAUGAAAAAGAAACAUCAAAUGUUGUUGAUUCAGUGUAGGUAGUAUUCUACAAUAAGCUGUCGUGGUUUGUGUCUGAACUACCUGAAAAAUAUAUCUCAAACAUAGUCCAGUGUAGGUAGUACUCUACAAUAAGCUGGUGUGGUUUGUGUUUGAAAAGAUUAAUCUAAGAUUAAAAGCACUUUGACAGCAAAGUGUUUUGUAUAGUGGUUAGUAGUGCCUCUGUCAUUUAUUUUCUAGGCUUCAUAUCUUACCAAAAAACUGAAUAUUGAUGGGAAACGAGUCGGUUUGUCAAUCUGGGUAUGUUUUUGCUUAUUAUUAAAUUAGUGUAGAUGAUUAAAUUCUGUUUGGCUGUGAUGAUAUAAAAUAUAUAAAUGUUAUAUAUUGAAUUUAGGAUACCGCAGGACAAGAGAGGUUUCAUGCUUUAGGACCUAUAUACUAUCGAGACAGGUGAGACAACGCAUGAAGUAACAAUUUAUAAUGCAAUGAAAUUACUGUACCAAAACAUCAAAAGCUGAAUUAUUUAUUUUUUCAUAUUUACUGAAGAUAUUGCUAAGUCAAUAAUUUAUUGAUUUUUGCCUUAUUUAGCAAUGGUGCAAUAUUGGUGUAUGACAUUACGGAUGAAGACUCUUUCCAAAAGGUAUUUGACUAAAGAAAGCUUAUUGCUUUGGUGUUUAACUCAAUAGGUGAUCGCUAGAUAGUAUAUUUCAAAAUAAGGUUUCCGUCUUUAUAACGUAGAAAAAACUAUCCUAACACAAAACUAAACCCUAACCCUAAUACUCACCCUAACCCUAUUCUAACCCUAUUCUAACCCUAUCCUAAACCCUAACCUAACCCUAACUUAUUUUAAAAAUUAAUAUAAAAACGGAAACCUUAUUUUGAAGUAUAAUAUAUUUUAAAGAAAAUUUUAAAUGAUUACUUUGAUGUUUGAAACUGAUCCUAACCACCCACAACAACCAUUUCCAGCCAUGAUCGACCACUGUCAAAAACCAAUAACCAUUUAUAUACAGUAGGCUGUUGGGCUGUUUUGAAUUUUUAAAUUACCCCUACUGCUUGACAGAGCACAUUUUCAAGAUAUCUAUUUGCCUGACUUUUUGAAGUAUUAAAUAUUUAAAUUUAUAUUUGGUUUUAUUGUCGAUUUCAUAUUACUUUUCAAAGCACGGUUCCCAAGUUUGUUGUCAACUUGCCAAUUACGUUUCCAAAUUUAGAAGUUGGGCGGGAACUUUGCAACAAAGUUCGCAAGUUCAUUUCAAAGUUUGAACUUUGAUUGUAAACAAAUGUUCAUAGUUGGAGUUGAAAUUACUGUAUAAGGCCCUAUGUACAAAUUACUGCAGUAAAAUAUUGGUCCAGUGGUCUCCCAAGAUGAAAAAUGCCUUUUUAAAUAAAUUUAUAAAUGAAAUUUGUACAUUUGUAUACAAUUGAAGUUGGAACUUUGAAAUGAACUUGCGAAAUUCGUUGUGAAGUUCCCGCCCAACUUCCGAAUUUGGAAACGUAAUUGGCAAGUUGACAACAAACUUGGGAACUGCGCUUUGAAAAGUAAUAUGAAAUCGACAAUAAUUCAGAUAAUUUAAUUCAAUCAAUCAAUCAAUCAAAAUAUUUAAUCAAGAUACCUAUGAGCUAUAUACAGGAGGUAGGUUCUUGCAGGAGGAUCGGAAGGUUAACCCUAUAUAAGAACCCCCUUAGUCCAUAUCCAAGCAACUCAAUUUUUUCUCGAAGUCCAAAGAAUUUGAAGUCCAAAGAAUUUGUUUUGUUUUGUAGGUUAAAAACUGGGUGAAAGAGCUCCGUAAGAUACUAGGAGAUGAUAUCUGUUUGUGCAUAGUAGGUAAGCAUAAACUUUGUCUCAAUUCUUAUUUCUAGAAUCAUGAUAACGUUGCAGUACAUUAUCAAUCUAUAUCAAAUUUUAUCCAUGUAUUAAAACAUUCCAGGAAAUAAAAUUGACCUUGAGAGAGACAGACAUGUGGACGGAGCCGAAGCAGAGGCGUAAGUACUUUAAAUUUCAGCUACUGUACAAUAUGUCUUACAGGUGUAUGUACCACAGAAUACCACAUAAAUUUACAUGUUCCAUAUCUUUUGGCAACUGCAUAUAACAUAGUCUCUUAAAUAUUUUUUAUUAUAGUUUUUCAUUUUUUUCUUCCUGUGGGGUUUUGGGUUUAGAUUUGGCAGAUUCUAUUAUUUUUUAAAUUGGACAUUCCGUGGAUAAAAUCCUAAUGCACCACAAUAAGUAAGGAAUGGUUUAUCAAAUUGCACAAGGAUUUGGUGUGUCAUGUUGUGUGAUAACACAGUACAGAUAUUCCUAACUUAAUUUAGUGGAAGGUGAACACUAAAAUCACAACAGAAUACCGGUAGUAUGUACCAUAGUAUAUUAGGUUUACCAGUAAUUUUGAAAAAUUGAGUUUUUUAUACCGGUAGUAAAUUUGAUUACUCAGUGAGAUUCCUGAAUAGUAAAAAUGUUGUAUCGCUUAGAAAAACUGUUGACGGGCAUUAAGCAGAAAAAAGUACCAAAAAUAAGGAAUUUUAUUUGUUCUCACACACAGCUGAGGGAUGCUGCACACGCAAGGCAGCCUGACCUUUAAUCAACAAAAAUAUCUCAUAUUUACAAUAAACGGAUCCGUACAAACUGCAACUCACUAAUUAUCACGUGUUGGACUAAACCCAAUUCUAGUUAGCACACUAACCUGCCAAUAGGGUGGGUGGGUGGGACACAGGUCAGGCUAGCACGAGGCUAGAUAAAUAACACUUAUUUAUCCCGAUUGUUUUUAAGAAUUUUAUGAAAAUAUCCAUUUUUGUUUUUAUAUGACCACUGAGGCUGAAACUAAUAUAUAUUCACAAAAUAAAGUAUAUAACAUGUUUCCUUCAAAUUUUAUAAGAGAAAUAAAAAAACUGGUAUUCUGUGGUACAGUGCAACCCCGCCUUACGGCCACCCCGUUAAUACGGUCACCUCGAUAAUACGGUCACUUUUUUGUCCCGCCGAAACACUAAUACAUUUUAUAACAAAGUUACCCGGUUAAUACGGCCACCCCUUUAAUACAGCCAACGGCCAUAUUGUAGAGUCCCAAACUAAAGAAAUCACCCCGUUAAUACAGUCACUCAAAAAAAUAAAUGUGUUUACGGACGGAAAUGCAGUAUAAUUUAAGACACCUUGUGCAGUGAAACACAAAAUUCAAGUUGCAUCAUAUUACUAAUUUUUUUAUUUUUAUUAUCAGUCGCGCAAAGGAAAAGAAAGAAUACAAGGUUCUUUAGCGACGUUGCAUUCGCUGCAUUGUUUCUUUAAAUUUAGUGAAAACUUUAUCUGAACUUUAUAAUGUUUAGUUAUUAAUUGGUAUUAUGGUGGGGUAUGGUGUUAUUGUGAUUUUCGAAUAAACAUAGCUUUAAUGAUGUCACAAUUGAAAUUACGGCCAUAUUAUUUCGGCCCGUUGGUGACCGUAUUAACGGGGUUCCACUGUACUGUGAUAUUCUGUGGUACUGUACAUACACCUCUACAAUAUGUCCUACAUUGUUAUUUUAGUUUGUAAUAUUAUACCAGAUGAUUUUACUUAUUCAGUAUUUGAAUAUUUUGUUCUUCAGAUAUGCAAAAUCAGUGGGAGCAAAGCAUUUGUUAGCUUCAGCAAAACUAAACAAAGGUGUUGAUGAGCUUUUCUUAGAGUUGGCUAAAGGUAAGUUCGCAUUCAGUGGUGCCUAAAUUACUUUGAAUUUGUACUCGAGUAAAAGUAGAAGUAAUUAACAAUAAAACGACUUGAGUAAGAGUAAAAAGUACUAGAGGCAAAACGUACUUAAGUAAAAAGUACAAAGUAUCCUUAAAAGAUACUUGAAGUAAAAAGUAAAAGUAAAGUACUAUUGUCUGUAGCGUGUAAGGGGGGGGGGGGACUUCUCCAAUGAAUUUGCAUACAAAAGACACCAAACAGAACACACAUUAUUUAUAUGCUCCUAAUAUACAAUAUUUCACAGCAUGGCCUACUUUUCAGACUCCAUUGAAAAUAUAAGAAAUCCAUUAAAUAAAUAAUGCUUAUUGGUAAGCCACAAACGAGAGAUCCCAGACGCAUCUAGAGACUAGAGGUCCUAUUACCUAUCCCAAAAUUAAAUAAAUCCGGAAUUAACGGCAGAGUAUCCGAGUUUGGAGGUAGGUGCCGUUGGUGGCCAAGGCUAGUCGGCGAUCUAGCCUUGUCGGGCAAAUGACCGCAAUGGCAAACAUUAGGCAAAACACUGGCAAACAUUUCUGGCAAAUGGCAAAACUGGCAAACAGCAAUGGCAAACAGCUAUGGCAAAACAGCAAAAAACGUAAUAAUAAGGCUAAUUAUAGUAGCAAUAGGAGUUUGCCAUGACAAUUCUGCCAAGGCAGACCUCCGGCACCUGUCACACUGAUGAUCAGUGGAAAAAAGGACGCAUUCUAUAGUAGUCUAUAGAUUGUAUCCUAUAAAGAAAAACAAAUAAAAAAACAAUCCGAUACAACCAAAACAAAACAACAAAAAACAAAACUAAAACAAAAAUAAAGAACUUAACCCGAGUAUCAACAAACAUUAACCAGGGUGGGGAAAGGGCGAAGGGGAACAGAGCGAAAGAGCAGUUGUAGCUGGCUAGCCAAGCUGUAGCAAAGUGACGGAUGCGCGAUAAUUGCAACUGUUCUAAGUGACGUCAGGGGCUCCCCGCUGCUAGAUACAUCUGCCGUUAACUUCGCUUAAAUCUACGUUUAACCACAUUAAAUCACGUAAAAUUAAAGGGCAUAUGACUCGAGAAUUGACGGUGUUAUAUUUUAAUCUAGUUUGAAAGAUAAUUGAAAACUGUAGGGUAACUUCUUUGCCAGAUUUUUGUUUUCUUGCUUCGUUUUGGAGAUAUUUCAUUUUGUAUGAUAUGCAAAGGACCAACUUUCUACGUCACACAUGCAUAAUAACUUUCUUUAAAAUGUUAUAUAAUUUUGUCACUAUCAAAUAAAUUCGCACAAAAUGAAUGAUGAGCACGAGAUUUGUCCACAGAACACCCAUCUAUAGGUUUUCUAAUGAUAUCGUUUAGUCGCAUGAAAGAUAUACAGCUCUUAGAGCUAAGUCAUUAUGCAUAUGUGACGUACGUAGAAAGUUGGUCCUUUGCAUAUCAUACAAUAUGAAAUAUCUCCAAAACGAAGCAAGAAAACAAAAAUCUGUCAAAGAAGUUACUCUACAGUUUUCAAUGAUCUUUCCAAUUAGACUAAAAAAUAACACCGUCACUUUUCGAGUCAUAUGCCCUUUAGAAAGUUAGAAAGUAACGAAAUACUUCGCCACAAAAUGAAAAUAACGAAGUAAAACGUUACUUCUUAAAACAACUUCGUUCCAAGUAAAAGUACUCAAGAAAAAGUUUACUUUGUUACAUGCUGACUUCUCAAAAAUAGUGCUCGAGCGCAGUGACGAAGCACAUUUACAUUGUUACUUGACACCACUAAGUUCGAUUAACCCAUUAAGUUGUAUCGAUCGCGCCCUACUUUUUUGUUUUCCUCUGUCUUAAGGUCCAGACACACCGGACGCGAUUCGACAACGCGACGCGAUUUUUCGAUUUUCAAUGACCGAUAACUUUGAUUCUAGUUUAAAUUUUCCAAAUAUUUAGAAGCGCUAUAACAUUUUGAGUUAUUUGGUCUACAUAUCUUUCAAAAUUUGCCCUCAUUGGCUGUUUUAUUAACUUUCAAAAACUAAAAAAUUGCGUCGCGUUGUCGAAUCGCGUCCGGUGUAUCUGGACCUUUAUGCUACACAAUUUUGCCGUCAAGGGAGGAUGUUUCAUGGGCCCUCAGUAAUAGAUGUGUUUCACUAAACACCAUCGUGCAGCAGUUACAGGUAAACUACGUGAAGUGUUCCUCUUUUGACUUCGUAACUCAUUUGGAAUUUUCCUCAUUAGGUUUGCAAAUUUGAAAACUUUUUGCAAAUCUCUUGAGGGAAUUUGCAAUGUUCCUAUCGGCUGUUGCAAUAUUCCAAUGCAAAAAAACUUCAUUUUAAAUUUUCCUGACUUCCUGUUUUAAUUUCCUAACUUCCUGUUCUGUUCUGUGCGUUGUUAUUGGUCGAUUAUUUUUGUUAGCCAAUUGCAACGCCCAGAACAGAACAGAACAGGAAGUUAGGAACUUGUAACAGGAAGUUAGGAACUUCUAACAGGAACUGAGGAAAAUUUAAUUGGGUUUUAGCAACAUUGCAAAUUUCCUCAAGGGAUUUGCAAGGGAGUUUUUUAAAUUGCAAAAGUAAUGAGGAAAAUUGCAAUCAAUUUAGAAACUCAAAAGAGGAACGCUUCACGUAGUUUACCUGUAAAAGUAUUAAGAUCAAGAGAUGGCCUUAAAAUAUCGGUCAGAAAACAGUCUGACAAAAUGUUCCAUGACUUUGAGUCGGCCGUAUGUAUUGUGAUGUCCGAUGACAUUGAGUUCAGUUUGGCUUGGAAAUAAGUAUGAAUGCAGAUACAAAUUAAUAUCAGCACAAUUUGGAAAAGUCAUUUGAAUCUUGGCAAUGAAUUAAUUUCCCAAACCCCACGAUGAAAACCCCGCACUUUAUUACAAAUUUCCAGUUCACUUUUUAUACAUUACUCUGAUUCUCAAUUUAACAUACGAGCCUCUAGUCCUGGACUAGGGUACAUUUUGGUAUACGUCGGACAAAUUUGCAGUUAGGUCGGACACCAAUUCACUCGGGUCGGACAAACAAUGAACCUCAGUUUCACUUAGGUCGGACAGAAUUUACAGUGGUUUCCUCCCUACGUCGGACAAUUUCACGAAUGGGUCGGACUAUGUCUGUGACCCACCGAUAUUUUAAGGUCCGAUAAGUGUCGACAUUUCUGAAAUUGACCACUAUCUGCUGUCCUGUGAGGCUGUGACGCUCACUGAAACAUGCCAAUUUGCAUUGUGUUGGCAAGAGACACAUUGGCUCGUUACUUUGAUUGCCACUUGAGUUUUGAGAUUUAAUCAUUAAAGGACAUUGGCAAUAAAAAAAUAGUUUUUCUCAUUCAAAAGAACUCUUAAAAUUUUAUAUUAAACUCUAGUACCGAUUUGUCAUAUCUUGCUUAGUUCUCGAAAUAUUUAGACCGAAAUUCAUGAGCUUUCCGCCAUCUUGAAAAAAUUCUUUACCUCAUUAACUAUGGUUUUGAUGACAUCAGGAGUUGGGUUAACCAUAUAAAACUACUCUAAGAUGAUCGAAUAACAAUCCAAAAUUGUUUGAAAUGUUUUUAAUCAUUUCUAAAUUUCUGACAGCAACCAGAAACGAAGUUUUGGACGCAUAUUGAUCGCUUACUUUCAAGAUAAAAAAUUAGCGUGACCCCUCUCUUGACGUAACAUGCAUAUCCUCAAUAAUACAAAAUGGCGAACAGCUCACUUUUUUCAGUCAAAAUAUUUUGAAAACUAAGCAAGAUAUAAACAAUCUGUAAUAGAGUUUAAUAUGUAGUUUUAAGAGUUCUUUCAAAUGAACUAAACUAAUUUUUUAUUGCCUAUGUCCUUUAAUUUCCAAAAUUGUAGUAACAACUGAAUUGCUUUGGAAUUACAUAGCAUGACAAUAAAAUAUUUUGUAAUUAGAUAAAAAGUACUAUAACAACUGAGAGUUUAAUUAUGAACACGAGCAACAGCAGGGACGAAACCGUUUGAAAAACGGUCCCAUUCACGUCCCCAGAGCCAUUUUCACUUGGUCACUCGUUAAAAAUUAGGCUCUGGGUUAGACGACUAAAGGGAGAGAUCUGAUUGGCUUCUCAGAGAACUGCUAUUUCGCAGAAGUUGAGCAGUUUUCGUUAGGCAAAAUUAUUCUAUCAACACAUGUCAACACAUAUACUUCGUUUCUUCGUAAUACGGGUACUGAAGCGUUCCAAUUCAAGACCAUGCGCUUGAGAAACUACUGCAAGUUCUCUUGCACUUGCGGUUCCGUGUGUCCCAGAGAGGCCCUGGGGACGAGGAUGGGUAAGUCCUUAGAUAAUUUAUUUGGGGGUUGGGGGGGACUAAAACCCAGUUUCCACUAGGCGAAUUUGUUGUUUGCGCGAACAGUAAAAAAGUAGAACUGUCCAACAUUCAGUUUGUGAGUGGGUAACAUAUUUGAAAAAAAAAACCGAUUAAAGAUCAAGACGUCAGCAGGUGAAGCAUUUCGAUUGUCAACCCAAAACUAAUCAGAAGUUUUAACAAUCUGUAUUGUUUAGCAAUGGUGACCGCACAAGAUGCUUCUGCAAGCAACGGUCAGUCGAGUGGUAGGCGUGGCGCUUCGUCAAGAAAACGAGGUGUUGAAAUUGUCGAUGAACAGCCUGCCGGACAACCUAAGAAAGGCUGUUGUUGAACGUCUUCGUAGCAUGGUAGAUAUUUUAUGAUAUUUUCCUAUGACUAGGAAUUUGUAUUAUAGAAUUAUAUAUAAGAUAAUUAGCCCUUCAAAUCAUCAAUGUCAGCAUAGGUAGCAGUCCAAUGGAUCAUCUUUUCUCGAAUGGGCUACAACGUACAUGGUUCCCAUUUUAAACACUAUGGGCUGAUGCGAUAUAUCAAUGUUUUCGAUAAAUACCAAUAUUUUUCAAAAAUAUCGAUAAUCGAUUUUUCGCAUAUCGAAACUAGACAACUUAAAGGGAAAUGGCAGUAUGUUUUUUAUUUUCUCAUUUGAAAGAACUUUUAAGACUAUAUAUAAUACUCUUUUACCGUUUUUUUCAUAUCUUGCUUAUUUCUACAAAUAUUUUGUUCGAAAGGAAUGAAAUGGUCGCCAUUUGUAGAUAUGCAUGUCGCGUCACAACAGGGGUGACCCCUACAAUAUUUUUAUCUAGACAAGCACUAAUCAUUUUGCACUCAAACUAUACUCUGUCUGCCCUUCGAAAUAUCAAGAUCACUCAAAACCUUUAAAACAUCUACCAAUCAAUAUUUGGUCAGCAACAACGAAUACUUUUAUAUGGUUAAUCCCUGUUGUGACGUCGCCAAAACUACCGUUAAUGAGAUCAAAAUUUUAUCCAAGAUGGCGGACAUCUCAUUACUUCAAGUGAAAAUAUUUCGAGAACUAAAGGCCAUGUUACACGGUGCAAUUUCUCUUGCAACUUGCAAUGCAAUUAUACUCUUGAGAGAUGUAAAAUUGCCAAGUACGAGUCUUCAUUACACUCCGCUGAUGUUUUCUAAACAUAUCGAAAAUUCUUUACUGAUUUCACUAAUUAACAUCUCUCAAGAGUAGAAAUGCAUUGCAAGUUGCAAGAAAAAUUGCACCGUGUAACAUGGCCUUAAGCGAGAUAUGAAAAAUCGGUAAAAGUUUCAAAAGUUCUUUCAAAUGAGGAAAUAAAAAUUUAUAUUGCCACUCUCUUUAAUCUCCUUUUUUCGGCAAUUAUUGUCCGGUAAUGUUAGACGUCAUGUGUAUGAAUCUUUAAACAUUCAUAAACUGUUGAGAAACAUCUCUUAAUGUUUGACCCACUGUUCUAGAAAUACCUAGAUCUGUGGUUUAACCUGUUUCAUGCAACUUUGUUUUUUUUGCUGUCUGUGAUGCGUUGUACAUGCAAGUUGACUAAACUAUGUUUUCUAAUUUGCAUAAUUCGCUAUAGUCGAUAUUUUUAAAGACAUCAAUAUAUCGAUUCUUUUAAUAUCGCAUCGGCCUAUACCACUAGAUACUUAUUAAUGGUUCAUAAUUUCUGUGGGGGAGACAUUCGAUGCUGUUACUCGUAAACACCAUACAUUCUGAGCUUGUGUGGGCAUGCUCAUUCUUGUACUGUGUGGACAUCAGUGGAGAUUAAUUGGUUUUAUAUGACUCUGUUAACCAUUUCCUCCAGUGAAUAUCUAAACAAAACAAGAUUAUGCGCAAGCCAUGAAACGAUGCUAUAUUUCAAUACAGGCAGAAUGUUAAGUCUAGACAGUGAUUUAAAUCAAUAAAAAUUACAUCAUCUACAACUCACUUUCUUCAACAAGCUUUUACUCAGUUGUGUGUUUGCAGCAGGGCUGACUUUUUUCUUAUCACUCUUUGUUUUUGCUGCUCUUUCAAGCCUUCGAAUUUUUGCAGG